UGACAUUAAAAGUAUUUAACCUCCCUCCUCCGGACCUCCGUUGUCAUGACGCGGCGGAAGCAGGUUCUCCUUCCUUUCCUCCAUUAGGCUGUAACCAUGGGCCGCCGACCUGCUCGCUGCUACCGCUACUGCAAGAACAAGCCUUACCCCAAGUCUCGCUUCUGCAGGGGUGUUCCUGAUCCCAAGAUCAGGAUCUUUGACCUGGGCAGGAAGAAGGCCAAGGUAGAUGAGUUCCCUCUGUGCGCCCACAUGGUCUCUGAUGAGUACGAGCAGCUGUCCUCUGAAGCCCUGGAGGCGGCUCGUAUCUGUGCUAACAAGUACAUGGUGAAGACCUGCGGUAAAGAUGGCUUCCACAUCCGCAUGCGUCUGCAUCCCUUCCACGUCAUCCGCAUCAACAAGAUGUUGUCCUGCGCUGGAGCUGAUAGGCUCCAGACUGGAAUGCGUGGUGCUUUUGGUAAGCCCCAGGGUACCGUGGCCCGUGUGCACAUCGGUCAGGUGAUCAUGUCUGUGCGCACCAAGGCUCAGAACAAGGAGCAUGUGGUGGAGGCUCUGCGCAGAGCCAAGUUCAAGUUCCCUGGACGCCAAAAGAUCCACAUCUCCAAGAAGUACGGCUUCACAAAGUUCAACGCCUGUGACUUUGAUGACAUGAUGGCCGAGAAGCGUCUGAUCCCCGAUGGCUGUGGGGUGAAGUACAUCCCCAGCAGAGGCCCCCUGUCCCGCUGGAAGGCCCUGCAUGCCGUCUAAGCACUCUGCACACUUUCUGUGAGCAGGCAACCAAUAAAUGAGUUUGACUACAAAAA